GUAACCGGGCGGUCGUGGCUCUUGAAAAUAUGAUUUACCAAAGUCAGAUUGUAGAUAGCGAAAAAUUUGUGACCUGCACGACGGCAAUAUAAUUAAUGAACACGCUAUUCCAAAACGGUUUCAAGACGUUCAGAAGCGGUGAUUUCAGAUUAGAAAGUAUGGAGGAAAAUAGGUCAAUUAAGAUUGGCGAUAAUGAUACAAAUAACCACGUUAACACUUUCGCGGUCGUAAACCACGGCGAAACUACGGUCGGGUAUAGUACUUGCCUACUCGAUGAAAAAUUGCUUGUAUCUAAUGUAACCAGGAACGGAAGCGUAAAUGAUAAUUAUUCGCGGAAAUGUUUAUUUAUAGCAAUUUUAAUCGAUUUAAUAUUUAAUAUAUGCACGUAUAAUAAUAUUCAAAUAAUUUCACUGAUAUUAUUCGAUCGAUUCUGUCAUUCGUGAAUUUCAAUUAAAAAAAAAAUUAUACGAAUACUAUCUGGAAUUUAACAAUUUUUGGUUUUAUAUCACAUUAUUUGCAAUAUAUACCGUGGUCGAUACCAUCGGUCUGCAAACAUUUGAAUUUGACCAGAGGCUUUGUUUAAUUUUUGUUAUUCGACGAGCACACCGACCGGAAGCAAUUUUAUUUAAAAUUAAUUAAAAUAUAACGCUAUUAGGGGGGCGAACGCCUUUCGAAAAGUUUCGAUGCCGCUGCAAUGGAGGUUAAAGGGUGCUGAGAAGUUGCAAAGUUCGCCGAGGGGGAAUAGUUUUUCCGCGAUUAGCCUCACGCCAUCGAUCGGAUCGAAAACUAUUUUAAGCGAACGGAUAGAAAUGUAUUUUAUUCCCGAUGAUUUCCGUACGAAUUUCAAGAACAACGGGCAACGUUAAGGGGGGGGGGGCUUCGAAAUUGAUCGACAAUGAAAAUACCGAUUUACGUUAAUGGAACCGACAGUGUGCUAGAAUCGCGUGCAUAUCGAUGAUUGGACAUUGUCUCCGGCGUAAGUGUUGCGUAUCGACGUAAAAGCGAUACACGAACGAAUUUAUUGACCGAUCCAAUAUUCCCGACGUGUCGGAGAACAUAUCGUAGCGUUAAAUUAGACGCGAAGAGUUAAUCUUUUCAGUCCUCCCGGCUCCUCGAUCGUCCGUGGGUCUCGAGUGGCGGUAUAAUGCCCGCGAUAAUAGCCCCCCGCGACACAAUGGAGACGCCGUGGAACGCGUCGGGGCACGCGGUGCCUGCCUGGACGCCAGCGAGCCGCGAAACGGAAAACAAAAGGCGGGCUGUGUGUCGUCAAAGAGGCGACAAAUUCACGCGAGGGACGCGCGUCGCUGGGCAAAGGAUCAAGAUGUUGUUGCUCGCGUUAACGUGCGUUCUCCAAGCGCUCGUGGUGGCUAUUAACGGAAAUUGGAUUUCAUCGGCCACGGAUAAGAGAAGCCUGUCGCCGGGCAGGGGAGUCGAGAGGAUAGUCGGCGGAGAAAUCACCGAUAUAAGGAAAUAUCCGUUUAUCGUCUCGAUCCAACGGCGACACUUUAGUCAUAUAUGCGGAGGUUCUUACAUAGCACCGAGAUUCGUUUUGUCAGCCGCUCAUUGCAUGGAAGGAACCGGUACUUAUCUUCGUCAUGUUCAUCUUCCGUUGAUUCCGACUGACAAAUGCCCGGUGAAAGGAGUGGAUAAAGAAAUGCACUUGUGUGCAGGAUUGACGGAGGGCGGAAAGGAUGCUUGUCAAGGUGACAGUGGUGGGCCAUUAUUGUGCAACGGUACGCAAGUGGGAAUAGUAUCGUGGGGAAUGGGAUGCGCUCGUCCCAAUUUUCCAGGCGUGUAUGCCCGAUUGGACUUGUACUUGGACUGGUUGAACCAAACAGUACGAAAAAAUUACGCAUCGAGAAAUAGUUUUAAUUUAACACUUAUGUUCAUUGCCGCGCUGCCUUUUAUAUUGUAA